GAGCGGAGGAGGCGCUUGCGGCUCGCUUCUGCUCCUCCCCUCUCCUUGCGGCCUCCCGGAGGUCUGCCCAGCUCCUGUGGCCUCCCGUGAAAUGUGGAUGACGCCCAAGAGGAGCAAAAUGGAAAUCGACGAGUCUCGGGGGUUCCGGGCCGAGUGGACACAGCGGUACCUAGUGGUGGAGCCUCCGGAGGGCGAGGGCGCCCUGUGCCUGGUGUGUCGCCGCCUAGUCGUAGCCACCGGCGAACCCGACGUCAGGCACCACUACGAGGCCGAGCACGACUAUUACGAGCGGUAUGUGGCGGAGGGCGAGCGCGCGGCCCUGGUGGAGCGUCUGCGUCAGGGCGACUUGCCCGAGGCCGCCCCGCUCACUCCGGAGGAGAGAGCUGCUCGUGCAGGUCUCGGGCUCGCCCGCCUCUUGGCCUUGAAGGGUUGCGGCUGGGGCGAGGGGGACUUUGUGCACCGGUGCAUGGAGGUAAUGCUGAGAGAUGUGCUGCCCAAUCACGUAAGCGUUCUGGAUGGCAUUGAUUUAUCUCCGGAGAUCACGCGGCAGAGGGUCCUGGACAUUAACCAAAAUCUACGCAGUCAGCUUUUUAACCGAGCCAAGGACUUUAAAGCCUAUUCCCUUGCCUUGGAUGACCAGGCUUUUGUGGCCUAUGAGAACUACCUCCUGGUCUUUGUCCGCGGCGUAGGCCACGAUUUGGAGGUACAAGAAGAGCUUCUGACCAUAAUCAACCUGACUCAUCACUUCAGUGUUGGUGCCCUCAUGGCGGCAAUCCUUGAGGCCCUGCAGACGGCAGGGCUUAGCCUGCAGCGGAUGGUUGGACUGACCACGACCCACACACUGAGGAUGAUUGGUGAGAACUCAGGACUGGUGUCAUACAUGAGAGAAAAGGCUGUAAGCCCCAACUGUUGGAAUGUGAUCCAUUAUUCAGGAUUUCUUCACUUGGAACUGUUGAGCUCCUACGAUGUAGAUGUUAAUCAAAUCGUAAAUGCCAUAUCUGAAUGGAUAGUUUUGAUUAAGACCAGAGGCGUUAGGCGGCCGGAAUUUCAGGCUUUACUAACUGAAUCUGAAUCAGAGCACGGUGAAAGGGUUAAUGGACGCUGUCUGAACAAUUGGCUUAGAAAAGGGAAGACUUUAAAACUAAUAUUUUCCUUAAGAAAAGAGAUAAAAACAUUCUUGGUUUCGAUAGGGGCAACAACGGUCCAUUUCACAGACAACGAAUGGCUUUGUGACUUUGGCUUCUUGGUGGAUAUUAUGGACCACCUUCGAGAACUCAGCGAACUAUUGAGAGUGAGUAAAGUCUUUGCUGCUGCUGCCUUUGACCAUAUUUGUGCCUUUGAAGUGAAGCUGAAUUUACUUCAGAGACAUAUCGAGGAAAAAAAUCUAACACACUUUGCCGCCUUGAGCCAAGUUGUUGCUGAGCUUAAAGGGCAUCUUCAAGAAGACGAAAAAAUACUCGAUCCUGAUAGGUAUCGAGUGGUGAUCUGUCGCCUACAAAAAGAGUUUGAGAGACAUUUCAAGGACCUCAAGUUCAUUAAAAAGGACUUAGAACUUUUUGCAAAUCCAUUUAGCUUUAAACCUGAAUAUGCCCCUAUUUCAGUAAGGGUGGAGCUAACAAAACUUCAGGCAAAUACUAGCCUUUGGAACGAAUACAGAACCAAAGACUUAGGGCAGUUCUAUGCCGGAUUGUCUGCUGAAUCUUACCCGAUUAUUAAAGGGGUUGCCUGUAAGGUGGCAUCCUUGUUUGAUAGUAGCAAAAUCUGUGAAAAGGCUUUUUCAUAUUUGACUCGAAACCAACACACUUUGAGCCAGCCAUUGACAGACGAACACCUCCAUGCCCUGUUUCGGAUUGCCACCACUGAAAUAGAGCCGCAUUGGGAUGAUCUUGUGAGACGAAGAAAUGAAUCAAAUCCAUAAACUUUUGUAGUACAACAUUGAAACACUCAACAAGAAUCCAAUUCU